UCCGCUGUUUGUUGCAACCCUCGGGCUCGGCUCCGCCCUGUCACCGCUCGGAUUGUGGGGCGGCUGCACUUGUCACCAUAGAUCCAGUGUCUUUGCUUGUCACAGGCAACCGGGCCGGAGAUGCCAAGGUAGAGCCGGUGGAAAAAAACAACAACACACAAAGGACACGGCUUCCAGCUGAAGCCGAGCGACAGCGGCCAGGAGAAAUGCAGUCGGAGGAUGCUCGCUAUCUGAAGAGGAAAGUGAAAGGGGGCAAUAUAGAUGUACAUCCAGCGGAGAAAGCUUUGGUUGUUCACUAUGAAGUGGAAGCUACGAUUUUGGGUGAGAUGGGCAAUGCCAUGCUAGGAGAACGGAAGGAAUGUCAGAAGAUUAUUCGCCUGAAAAGCUUGAAUGCUAACACUGACAUCGCAUCCCUGGCACGCAAAGUGGUAGAAGAAUGCAAGCUCAUUCAUCCGUGUAAACUAGCAGAGGUUGAACAGCUAAUCUAUUACCUUCAGAACCGCAGGGAUAGCCCUCCAGGAAGAGAAAAACAAGAAAAAAAGAUUGGCAAGCUGAAAGAUCCGCCUCCUUUUGAAGGAAUGGAAAUUGAUGAAAUAGCAAAUAUUAACGAUAUUGAAGAUUACAUAGAAUUGUUGUAUGAGGAUAUAGCUGACAAAGUUCGAGGUUCAGCACUCAUUCUUCAGUUGGCUCGUAAUCCUGAUAAUUUGGAAGAAUUGCUGCAGAAUGAGACGGUGCUUGGGGGGGGGGGGGGGGGAAGAAGAGAAGAGUGGAGACAUGCUAAUAGUUGUAUCACACCGAACCUGUACUUUUUGUUUUGCAGUUUUUCUCAAUUUCACGGGCUAAUCACUCACUAUAAAAUCGGUGCUCUCUGUAUGAACAUUAUUGACCAUGAACUGAAGAGACAUGACCUAUGGCAAGAAGAACUCAAUAAAAAGAAGAAAGUAGUUGAAGAUGAUGCUGAUAACCAAGUCAUGAAAAAGGAUUAUGUGAAAACAUACAAGAAAUAUCAGGGACUAGUUAUCAAGCAGGAGCAACUGUUGAGAGUUGCUUUCUAUCUUCUGUUGAAUUUGGCGGAAGACACGAGGACUGAACUCAAAAUGAGGAACAAGAAUAUUGUCCACAUGCUUGUGAAAUCACUUGAUCGAGAAAACUUUGAGUUGCUGAUCCUAGUGAUGUCCUUCUUAAAAAAACUUAGCGUAUUUGUAGAGAACAAAAACGAUAUGGUGGAGUUAAACAUCAUUGAGAAGCUAACAAAUUUGGUGCCCUGUGAUCAUGAGGAUCUUCUGAAUAUUACCUUGCGCUUGCUGCUGAAUCUUUCCUUCGACACUGGGCUUCGGAACAAGAUGGUCCAAGUGGGCCUACUCCCAAAACUGACUGCACUGAUAGGUGCUGAAAACCAUAGGCAAAUAGUGAUGUGUAUUCUGUACCAUGUCACCAUGGAUGAUCGCUUCAAAUCUAUGUUUGCAUACACUGAUUGCAUUCCACAGUUAAUGAAGAUGUUGUUUGAAUGUGCAGAAGAGCAUAUUGAUAUGGAAUUAAUCUCCUUUUGUAUUAACCUUGCAUCUAACAAGAGAAAUGCACAACUAAUCUGCGACGGAAAUGGCCUUAAACUGUUAAUGAAACGAGCCUUCAAAUUCAAGGAUUCGCUGCUGAUGAAAAUGAUCAGGAACAUUUCACAACAUGAAGGCCAAAGCAAAGAUUUAUUCAUAGAUUAUGUUGGGGACCUGGCAGCUCAGAUCAAUAUCAAUGAAGGUGAAGAAUUUGUUAUUGAGUGCCUUGGAACAUUGGCUAAUCUGACAGUUCCAAAUCUGGACUGGGAGCUUGUGCUGAAAGAAUAUAACUUGGUUCCAUUCCUCAAGGACAAACUGAAACCAGGUUCGACAGAAGAUGACCUGGUUCUGGAAGUGGUGAUUAUGAUUGGCACUGUGUCCAUGGAUGAUUCCUGUGCAGCAAUGCUAGCUAAAUCUGGAAUUAUUCCAGCACUCAUUGAGCUUCUAAAUGCCAAGCAAGAAGAUGAUGAAUUUGUUUGCCAAAUUGUAUAUGUCUUCUACCAGAUGGUUUUCCACCAAGCUACCAGAGACGUAAUUAUAAAGGAAACCCAGGCUCCAGCAUACUUGAUUGAUCUAAUGCAUGAUAAAAAUGCAGAGAUACGGAAAGUCUGUGACAAUACGUUGGACAUCAUUGCGGAAUAUGAUGAAGAGUGGGCCAAAAAAAUUCAAAGUGAGAAGUUUCGCUGGCACAACUCACAGUGGCUUGAAAUGGUUGAGAACCGUCAGAUGGAUGAAACUGAGCCCUAUGUCUAUGGUGAUGAUGGGUUAGAGACAUUUAUUCAUGAAGGAGAUAUUCUUGAAAGACCUGAUCUUUUCUACAAUGCAGAAGGACUUUUGCCCCCUGAUGGAUCCAUUAGUCCAGAUUUCUUAACUGACUACCAGUUUCAAAAUGGUGACCUUGUUGGACAGCAUCCUUAUAGCAGUAUGGCAGUUGAUGGAUUUGGUCAGCCAGUUAGCUUUCCUGGGCGUCCAGUUACAGCUUAUGGUUACCGUCCAGAUGAUCCUUUCCUCUAUCCAUUUGGAACCAGAUAAGCUCAACAAAAAUAUUUAUUAGUGCUUUUGUAACACUCCUGUACAUAACUGCAUGUGUAAUGUGCUGAGGGUCUUUGUUGGUACUGCAUUGUGUCAGAGUUAAGAUGUGAAUUGCAUUUGUACAUGGAACUCUCCAAUAUCCUGACUGAAAUAUAUUGGUUGUAAUUUGUAUUAUUUAAUGUUUUUCUGCCUUUAUUUGAAACACUGGUUGAACCUGAAAAAAACAAAACUGGAAUGAAGUCUCCAAUAUACAAACUGUACUUUUAAAUAAGCCAAUUCCACAGCUAAUACUUUGCUAUUUAAGUGUGGGAUCUCAUUCCAUUAAUCUAAAAAUGUUUCAUUAUAGCAAUUUUACCUUUAAAUCUGUUUACCAUAACAAGCUGCAUUUUAUAUUUGCAGAAAUAAUUACACAAAAUGCAGAGCCAUAUUCCAUGUUUUAAAUUAUUUGAAUUAUCUCGCUGCAGUUUAUUACAUUUCUGUUCUGUUUGUUCCACAUCUAGUAUGCUUGUUUCUAUUUAUUUUGCCAUUACUGUGAUCAAUGAACAAAUGUGGAUUUAAACAGAUCUGGCAGCAUUGUUUUACGUUUGGAGAAUCUAUUGUUAAGAAAUAAGAACUGAAAAUAAACAGCCAAAAUCAA